CUUUUUUUGUCUGACGCGGGUUGGCCAAUCCCAACUUCGCGUUGGAAAGGCUGGGUCGCUGCCUUCGUGCCUGUUUAUUCAUUCUCAGUACAAAGCUCGCGGCGCAACUAGUUUCAACAGUGCAAACAUCAAUCCUCUAAAGAUCUGUUUUUUAUCUGAGAUUAGUCGCUUGGCCAGUUGGAAGCUUCGCUCAUAAGCCACUUAUUUUGAGUCUCAGGAGUGGUAUCUCAAAGGCAAAAAGACAGAAAAAGGGCCACCGACUGGCUUUCAACUUCUCUCCUUCAACACACCGCAACCAUGUCGACCCUUUUUGGCGGUGCCUCGGCCGCAGCGACGACAAGCAACACUGUUGGGGAUCUCAAGCAAGACGUCGCGCUCUCCGACCCCCCUACCGAUACCAUCUCCGACCUUUCCUUCUCCCCUGCGCCAAACGGACCUGACUUCCUCGCCAUCUCCAGUUGGGAUAACAAAGUCCGCAUUUACGAGAUUGCCGCCAAUGGCCAGAGUCAGGGCCGACACGCCUACGAACACAGCCAACCUGUGUUGAACUGCGACUUCUCCAAGGAUGGAACAAAAGUCGCCUCUGCCGGCGCCGACAAGAACGUCAAGGUCUGCGAUCUUGCCUCCCAGCAGGACGUCGUUAUCGGCACACACGACCAGCCAGUGCGAACAUGUCGAUUCUUCCUGAACGAUGGUAACCCCAUGGUGGUUUCGGGCUCGUGGGAUAAGACGAUCAAGUACUGGGAUCUUAGACAACAGGGACCUGCGGCAACCGUACAAUGCCAGGAGCGAGUUUAUACGAUGGACGUCCGCGAUAAUCUCUGCGUUGUCGGCACCGCCGAUCGAUACAUCAAUGUUAUUGAUCUCAAGAACCCUACCAAAUUCUACAAAACCCUGCAGAGCCCUCUCAAGUGGCAGACCAGGGUGGUUAGCUGCUUUACGGACUCUGCUGGUUUUGCUAUCGGUAGUAUCGAGGGUCGUUGCGCUAUCCAAUACGUCGAAGACAAGGACGCCAGCUCCAACUUCUCUUUCAAGUGUCAUCGCGACCCCCCAGCCAACAGCGUCACCAAUGUCUACGCCGUCAACGAUAUUUCUUUCCACCCCGUUCAUGGCACAUUCAGCACUGCUGGUUCCGAUGGAACAUUCCACUUCUGGGACAAGGACGCCAAGCACCGUCUCAAGGGCUACCCUAACGUUGGUGGCAGCAUCACUUCCACAACCUUCAACAAGAACGGUUCCAUCUUCGCCUAUGCUGUAGGCUACGACUGGGCCAAGGGCUACCAGCACAACACUCAGAACUACCCUAUCAAGGUGAUGCUGCACCCUGUCAACCAGGACGAGUGCAAGCCCAGACCAUCGCUCAAGAAGCGAUAAAGAAUCACACGAAUAUCAAGAGGACGGGCUAUAGGGAAGGGAAUGGAUUUCGUUGGUCGAUUAAUAGUUAGUUGCGUUCUUGCGAUUAUGUACUGUACCACAAUUGGUGAAGACUCAAAGAUUGAUAGGAAAGAGCCGAAAAGGAUGGAACGUUGAGUUUGGACCAAAAAGAGCAAGGCAAUGCAGGUGGUGGUGUUUUACGAGAGAUGAUACCAUAGAUGCAAUAAAACAUCAACACAAACCUGGCAUAGUAUCCAAUGGCAUUCAACUUCACACAUAUCAUCAUAUGGUAACGCAGGGAGAUGAGUCAGUGGGCUUGUGGACGAAUGCGUCGAUGAUCUGAUAGUCAUUAUUCACAGUUAUAAAGCUUGAGUUGCAAGGAUAACAAAGGAUCGGUAUUGAUUCCAGUCUGCCACUUGGGCUUUCACUUUACCAUUGUGUAUCGUUGUAUAAAAAAAGGAUGGUUCUUAGCCACAGGAGCCUCUUGUAACGGGCUAUUAAUUGAUGCAACCGCAUCUUGCUUCGCAUAAACAGAUUAAAACGCUUAAUAGAUCAUCAGCUCUCUUUAUGAGUAGCUGGCAUAACCAGACUCCGCCCUAUCGUUCCUUUCGUGUUUUCACUUGAUUCUUAGUUUUUGCUGAGCGUGCGUCCAGGAAGAAUAUCCUGGAUCAUUCCGCCGAAGACGUCUCUGAGAAAGGUACUUCGGUCAGAGUCAUCUGCCUUUGUUUCCUGAGCAGGCUGCUCAUGAACAAACUUGACGUCGACGCUGUCCAUGUUCACGGCAUCCAUGGUAGCCAUGGGAGCACCGGGAACGACGACAUCGGGGUCAACAGCGAAGAUGACGGGCCGCUUGCUAUACAAGUCGGCGGCAUCGGACAUUGAGCUGUGGUAGGCGCCAUAGUUGUCAGGGAGAAGAGGCAUACGAGGGAGAGGCUCGUUGAAGUUGGGGGUAGCGUGAAUCUUGGGCAAGACUGUGCUGUCGACGUGGUUGACAGGAGCACGAGAAGGUGUUGAAGAAUGGAAGCUCUGCAUCAGUGGCCUUCGGCGACCAGAAAGAGAUGGCUGAGGAGUAGGGCGGUGGGUAGUCUUUAGACCACGGGACUGGAAGCAUUGUUAGUACCGGAGAGCUGCAAUGACUAAUUGGAAGAGUAGAAACUCACCUCAGAGUGCUGGGACUGCUCUGAAGAAGCUCCAAGGAGCUCGGCAUACUUGGGCAUGAGAGCGAUACCGGCAUGGCGCUGAGACUCGGCCAGAGAGCGAGUGAGCUUUGAGACGGGAGCGGUGAUUCUAGGCAUUGUGAUAGAGUUGUAUGUGACAAAAGACACAGAGGUUUGUUGUGGUGGUAGCAAGGUGUUGGCCGUGUCCAGCUACUUAUACGUUUGGCGUAGUAGGUAUGGAUCUGAUUGAGUGUGGUUGGUAAGGCAAGGUAAGGUAGUGUACGGAUAGCGGUGACCAAGUCUAAUCAGGCGAUGAGAAGAGUGGAGGGUCCACGGAUGCAAUGGAUAGAUGAUACAGGCAGGCACAGGUAUAAGUGGAAGCAAUUGGAUGGUUCAAUUGGAGGGAGGGAAGGAGGGUUUAUGUAUCCAAGUGUGACUGAGACACCAGGUAAGAUAAGCUAGAGGAGGGGGAAGGCGGGAGGGAGCCUCUGGUAGCUUGACCUCAAGGUGAAGCAAGCGCGGAUGCUUGUCCGGGAGGCCCGUGUGAUCUGGGGAUGGAAUGAGCAACAGCAACAGCAACAGAAACAGCAACGGGGUUGAGGAAAGACUCACUCACUCACUCACAGCCUCCACAUCCUUGGAAGGUACGGUACCGAUCCCGCCCUGUUAGCUCACCUUAU